CUUGGUAUUGUAUUAGUUUUAACAUGAGCAUCCCUUGCUUUAAAGAAGAUGAUGAAGCUUUCCGUUGAACUUCUUCUUCUUGCCUUUCCUUCACUCCUCUCAGCGAUGUUACUCUUCUUUCGCACUCUUUUCCAUGUUAGUCGCAGAGCUUCUUUUCGAGUAAUCUCUCUAUCUUCUAAUUCUUCGCAUCCGGAUUCCCUUUCUUUCAAUGUAUUUAAUCCCUCAUCAUCUUUAACAUCCAUAAAUGCUUAUCGCAUUUCUCGUCCUUUUUUCUGGUUCACUAGCUUUCUUUGUAUAUUUCGCCUCCCUUUUGUUAGUUAUUCGAAUGCAAAUAAUUCUAUUGAAUUUUUAGACAUUGGUUCCCUUCGUAAAAUCAUACAACAAGAUCUCUGGAAUGAUCCUAAGAUUGUUGUUUUAUUUGAUUCAGCACUAGCUCCCAUUUGGGUCUCUAGGAUUUUAGUUGGAUUGAAAGAAGAUCCCAAAUUAGCUCUUAAGUUCUUCAAAUGGGCUGGAAGCCAGGUUGGGUUUCGCCAUACCACCGAGUCUUACUGCAUUAUAGUUCACUUGGUGUUUCGUGCGAGAAUGUAUACAGAUGCUCAUGAUACUGUUAAAGAAGUGAUUAUGAAGAACCGCAUCGACAUGGGUUUUCCAGUUUGUAAUAUAUUUGAUAUGUUAUGGUCGACUAGGAAUAUUUGUGUGUCAGGAUCAGGGGUCUUUGACGUUUUAUUUAGUGUUUUCGUAGAGUUGGGUCUGCUUGAGGAAGCUAACGAAUGUUUCUCUAGAAUGAGGAACUUCAGAACUCUUCCCAAAGCACGCUCUUGCAAUUUUCUUUUGCAUAGAUUAUCAAAGUCAGGUAAUGGCCAGUUGGUGAGGAAGUUUUUCAAUGACAUGAUUGGAGCUGGGAUUGCUCCUUCAGUUUUUACCUACAAUGUAAUGAUAGAUUACUUGUGCAAAGAAGGGGAUUUGGAAAAUGCUAGACGUUUGUUUGUGCAGAUGAGGGAGAUGGGCCUUUCUCCAGAUGUUGUCACAUAUAAUUCUUUGAUUGAUGGCUAUGGCAAGGUUGGUUCAUUAGAAGAAGCUGUGUCUUUUUUUAAUGAAAUGAAGGAUGUAGGUUGUGUUCCUGAUAUAAUUACCUAUAAUGGGUUAAUCAACUGUUAUUGCAAGUUUGAGAAGAUGCCUCGAGCUUUUGAGUAUUUCUCUGAGAUGAAGAACAAUGGGUUAAAACCAAAUGUUGUAACCUACAGCACAUUGAUUGAUGCAUUUUGCAAGGAGGGAAUGAUGCAAGGUGCCGUCAAACUUUUUGUUGAUAUGAAAAGGGCUGGUCUUUUACCUAAUGAAUUCACUUACACUUCUCUGAUUGAUGCCAAUUGUAAGGCAGGUAAUUUAACAGAAGCAUGGAAGUUGUUGAACGAUAUGUUGCAAGCAGGAGUUAAAUUAAAUAUAGUCACUUAUACUGCUCUAGUGGAUGGCCUUUGUGAAGAUGGAAGAAUGAUAGAAGCAGAAGAAGUAUUUAGAUCUAUGCUGAAAGAUGGAAUAUCUCCCAACCAGCAGGUUUACACUGCAUUGGUUCAUGGCUAUAUCAAGGCUGAGAGAAUGGAGGAUGCAAUGAAAAUAUUGAAGCAAAUGAAAGAAUGUAACAUCAAACCGGAUUUAAUACUCUAUGGCAGCGUUAUUUGGGGUCUCUGUAGUCAAAGCAAACUUGAAGAAACUAAACUUAUUCUUAAAGAAAUGAAAAGUCGGGGUAUUAGUGCAAAUCCUGUUAUAUACACGACAAUUAUAGAUGCUUAUUUUAAGGCUGGAAAAAGCUCUGAUGCAAUAAAUCUUUUUCAGGAGAUGCAGGAUGUAGGUGUUGAGGCUACUGUAGUAACAUACUGUGUACUAAUUGAUGGUUUGUGCAAAGCUGGUAUCGUUGAACUGGCAGUUGAUUAUUUUUGUAGAAUGUUCAGUCUUGGUUUACAACCUAAUGUUGCAGUUUAUACUUCCCUCAUUGAUGGUCUUAGUAAAACCAAUUGCAUUAAAUCCGCCAAUAAGUUGUUUGAUGAAAUGCAAUGUAGGGGUAUGACCCCAGAUAUAACAGCUUUCACUGCUCUAAUUGAUGGAAACUUGAAGCAUGGAAAUCUUCAGGAAGCUUUGGUUUUUAUUAGCAGGAUGACAGAAUUAGCUAUUGAGUUUGAUUUGCAUUUUUAUACUUCCUUGGUUGCGGGAUUUUCAAAAUGUGGUGAGCUGCGUCAAGCAAGGAAGUUUUUUAAUGAGAUGAUUAAGAAGGGCAUACUUCCCGAGGAGGUUUUAUGUAUCUGUCUACUGAGAGAGUAUUGCAAGCGUGGACAGUUGGAUGAAGCCAUUGAAUUGAAGAAUGAAAUGCAAGGGAUGGGUUUAAUUACAGAAAGUGCAGCCAUGCAGUUCCCAGUCUAAAAACUUGAAGAGGAGAUCCAAUCCGAUCAUCUUUGUUUUUCUGGAAGCUGAGUUUGUAUUCUAGUUGCAAGCUUAUGUGAUAUUUAGUCAGAACUCAGAGUUAUGAUGACUCGAGCAACCCACCAUUCAAAUGGGUUCCCUGUUUGAUGGGAAGGCAGGCCAUGUGUGAUACAUCGGACAUCGAUUUUGUAAGCUCUUCCUCUUAUACAAAAUUUUCCGUUUGAUAAGGUCCAAAGAGGAUUCCAGUGGCACGGUAUAUGGAUUUCCAUGGAAUGGAAUCAUUCUACUUAAAAUUCCUAUCUGUUAUUUUGCUGAUGGAAGCAUAUUCAUUUAAGUUUGACGCUCAGCAUGGCUUACUAUGAGCAAGGUGUUAACUUGACUCUUUCAUGCUUGUUUAUAUUUGAAAUUUGAUGUUCAGCACCGUGAGCAUAUGGUCACCUAUGGAAUGGGUGAAAUUAUUAAGAAAAGCUGCCUCUCCUCAUGGGACUGGAGGUUCUGACAGGAUCCAAUUUUUAUCUGCUGUUCUUUCUUUCCCUGCGGGGGUGGUCUAUUCUUUCCUCCAUUGAGGACUGGACUGUAGGUUCUUAUGGAGAUUAUUUAAAAUCUUAAACCUGAUCCUACAGAAACUCUCUGAAAUGCAUCCUUGGUUCUUUCCAAUUGUUCGUGAGCAUUUUCUUAUUUGGAGUUCUCAUGAGUGGUUAUGAUUUUUGCCAACAAAUCUUCCUAGUGUGGCAAAAUUCCUAUGAAACUCAACGUUCCUCUGAUGAUCUCCUAUUCUCAAUUCUACGUAUACACCAAGUCCACCAAUGACGUGAUUCGAAGGAGGAAACCUCAGUUAUCUUCUUCCUUAAAUGUAUGGCGAUUACCACUCCAGUGAAGCCACCGAUCAUUUUCAUUGGUUACCUGUUUGCUCACAGAUGCAGGACCUCUCUCUUCCCUUGUUUGGUUCUUUAGAUUGGUUGGCUAUGAGCAUGAACGUAAGUGGGGUAGGUCUUUGGUCAACUCUUUGAAACUUACAUGUCAACACGGGAUAAAAUUGAAAAGCAAAACUACAACAAAAUCUUUAACCAAACAGACAAAGUCAAUGAACCAAAAUCCCCAUCUGAAAUCGACAACCUAACUUAAGGGUUCGGGCUAGACAAUCAAAUCUAUAAAACAUUUCACAGAUUCAGAAUUGAAGUAUUUCCGGUAUUGAAACUGUACAGAAUUGAAUAGAUUUGACACGAGUACCAUGGGGCCUUAGUCUGUGAUUGGGUGGAUUAUUGUACAGCCUUUCAUCCGUUGGACCAUCAGAAAAAUACGAAGGUCUUUCAAGUCUGUGUAGGGGGAUUCUUGUAUAUGAUUAUAGGACCCCUUUUGGUAACGGUAAUAUUCUUGUAUCCUGUUGUAGUUGGAAUUCUAUUGAAUUUUUAUAGCCAUUCUACUACUAAUAUGGUUAGCAACUGGACAAACUUUUUUAAUUCCUAGUUGAUUGGGUGGCAUGAAAGAUGCUUUUAUCUCCUCCUCCUUCUUACUUGAGUGAAAACUCGGUGGCUUUUUUUCCCUUUGAAUGAUAGUUUCCUUCAUGAAUAAGUGGACGCGUCUCUGUGGUGGUUGAUUUGGGGGAGAGCUUAUUUUGGCACAUCAAUUGUAGAAGGCAUUCGUGUUGAUGGCUGCCAUAUUGGUGUUGGAAGGAGCAGGAAGCUGCAAGCUGCACAAUAAAGAUGUGGCAGAAUGAAACCUAUUAAGGUUAGGUGAUAUGCAUUGAUUCUCUAUGUUAAAAAAUCUCCACAUUCCACAUGAUUUUAAGAAAAAAUCAGAAGGGAAGCAUGGAGAAUAGUGUUACUUUCCCUAAAACUGUAAACAAGAAACAUGAAGGUUCCAACAUAAGUAACACUUGUAUAAUGUGUUGUUUAUCGACUGCAUAAAUCCCUAAACCAAAUAACUUCAAUUUUAGAAAAAUUGCCGCUGCUA